GGCCACCAGGUAAGGCCAGCUCGGCUGGCAUUCACCCCUCACUGGUACAGGCUCAGGGUGGGGUGCCUCUGAGGAGGGCUGGGACCUCAGUGCCAAGGAACUGAUCAUGUGGGGGCACGCUGGCCUGGAAGAGGUUAGCCCGCGGUCCCCUCCCAGGCCAUGCCGAGGCUGCUGCCGUCCCCAAAAUGUGGUGACAUUUCAUGUUGCAAUGCUGGGAGCACUGGUGACAUCACAGUGACCUCACCAUGAUUCACGGUGGUCACGGUCAUCAUGCAGCAACACCCAAACCUUCAGGACACAUCACCAUGGAGUCAUUCCGCUGGUCCACCUGGAUUAACCAGCAAGUCAGGGUCAGGGGUCACGUUUGGGGGCGGGGGGGAUUCCUUCUGAGCUCCAUGGGGUCUGUCCACUGUCCUCCUUGCCUUUCCUCCUCCAGGCAGGGCCCUGGGCAGCAGGCAGGUCACCUGAGUCCUCCCCGGUGAACAGAGGCCCGGUCUGCUGUGGAAAUGGGAGUCAGGAGGGUCAGGAGGGUGGCGGCUGUGUGCCUACGGGACCCUGCAGGGGGCCGGGUUAUCCUGGAGGAUGGCUGGGGCUCCUCCACCUCUGGCUCCCGGGCUGAGGUGCAUUUCCAGGCCCCGAGGGCCAGCAGAAAGCCCUCGUCACAGCCGGACAUGCUGGCCCUACCGGUUCGGGCAAGGCUGGGAAACGAACCAUCCUUAGGACGCCGGCCCCCACCCCUGUGCGGCCGGCCCUGCUUGACUUCCCACAGCCUACCAGCUCAUCCUGGAGCCUAGACCGAGUCCGGACUCUCACCCAGUUGGGCCUGGCACCCUGCCCUCACGCACCUGCCCGAAAACUGGAUGUGUACCAACAAAUCAGAUCCCCGUGUCGGGAUCCAUGUUCAAACCCAUUUCGUCUGACCCAGAGUCACAGUCUUCCAGCGAGAGCCCAGGCCCUGCCGACCUCUUGGCCAGGUGACCCUGGCUGAGUCACUCCACCCUCUAAGGUGCCUUUUUUAUACUGUGGCUCUUGUGUUACGUGACCUGGGCCCAGUGUGGCAGAGCCCAGAUGUCAAUAGUAACGAUGGUGGGCCAUUGUCAUCAACUUUAUUUCUGCCCAGAUGGCACAGCCAGGUAGGACAGGCCCCGUAGGUGGCGUCCGCUAAGCAGUCAGCACGAUGCCCUUGCGCGCACGGACUCCGUGGCCAGGCCAUCCGUGGGCCGGUCAGACCUGGAGCACCCCCACCCGCAGAUGCUCACCCCUGACUCGGCAUGUGGGGGAGGGCAGGAUUACAACUUGAACAGGAAGACCUUGACUUGGCUCGGAGGCAUGUCAUCAGGCCAGCAGGCGUGGCAUACGGCCAUGCUGGCCCCCGGUCGGACCAGCCCUGCAGCCACGGUGCCCGGGUCCCCCAGCUCAGCCAGCAGCCCCAGGUCCCCCAGCACCCCGAGCUCGGAGAAGGCAGCCUCCCCGCUGGAAUGCUCCAUCUGCUUCUCGGGCUACGACAACCUCUUCAAGACGCCGAAGGAGCUCUCCUGCACACACGUCUUCUGCCUGGAGUGCCUGGCACGGCUGGCGGCCGCCCAGCCAACCGGCCAGCCGGGCAGCGAGGCCGUGCCCUGCCCGUUCUGCCGGCAGCCUACGGCUGUGCCUGCCGCCGGGGCCCCCGCGCUGCGCACCAGCCGCCAGCUGCAGGCCAGGAUGCCGGCGCACCUGCGGCGGGAGGAGCCCGUGUGGCUGGAGGGCACGAAGCUGUGCUGCCGCCCACCGCCCUCCGCGCCGGGCCUUCCCGAGCCUGGCUUCGUGUGUGUGGACGUGGGCCUGAGCAAGCCUGCCCAGCCCGCCGCACCCACGCCCACUCCAGACCCCGCGCGCCACCGGGGCCGCCUGGCCCGCUGCUGGGCCCGCUGCAGGAACUGGAGGCGGGUGGCGCUGGUCACAGCCCUGCUGCUGGUGCUCUCCUGUGUGGUGCUCUGGCCCGUGCAGUGCGCGCUCAAGACUGGGAACUUGCACUGCCUUCCUCAGCCCUCUGCGGCCACGGCCACGGCCACGGCCACCGCUUUCUCUUCUGGGCCCCUGGCUGACAACUAGGGUCAGCCACCCCUGCCCCAGCUGCCCGCGUGGGUCCCUUGCCCCCCGCUGGGUCACAGGUGCAGCAGCUCUUGGGAGUUGGUCCCCUGGAGGAGCCCCAACAUCUCUGAGGACCCCAUUUCCCAUUCGACUCACCUUCCUUGCACUCUGUGGUGCUGGGUCCCGACGGCAUGAAUAAAAGGGUCCCCGAAGACUCCAAGAAUCACAGGCUCCCACGGAUCCCAGAGCCCACCUUCCUCUUUCCCAGGGUGCAGAUGGAGACCCGGGCCCAGGAGAGACGGCCUUGGUCAGAUCCCUCCCUCUACGCUGUGAACCGCCUGCAGUGGGAGCCCUUGGCUGAGAAGGGAGGGGACUCGCCAUCUUUAUUUUCACAUUUCACCCAUGGCCCCUUCCCCAGGCAGGGCUGGCCCCUCCAUUGUGCGGGAAGUGGGGAGGGCGGGGGGGGGGGGGUGGCGACCAGGGGGACAGAGGGCAGCAGCAAGAGGCCGGGUCCCCCGGUGCCCACCCCCCUCUCCUAAACUGUACAUUUUUAAAUAAAUUAUUUUGUAUCCA